AUGGGGAUCCCCAUGCAACAACUGCUUCGACUACUGCUACUGCUGCUAUUGCUGCUGGCGAAGGACGGCGGCGCGUUCCGGCUAUUGAACGCGACUGACGUGAGCGUGCUCAGUGGCUUACCGCCUGCCGUGUUUGGCCCGUACGCCCGCGGCAACGUCGGCUACUAUGGCAACCCAGCCACCACGUCGUUCCGCGAGCACAUCAACCCGGGCGCUGUCUUCCACCCCGAGCAGCCAACGCAGUGGGGCGGCGUCGCCAUCUCGUUGCCGUGCCCGGGCAUGGUCGGGCCGUUUAGCGACGGUGAGUACUACUGCGUCGGGCGCGAGUAUGGCUACUGCGAUCGGCGCUCGAGCACGUGCUACUGCAACAAGGGCUACACGGGGCGCAACUGCACGGCUUGCAUCCCAGAGUACUUUGCGGUCGGCGGCCUCUGCUACCCCAAACGCAGCUGUCCGAACGACUGCUCUGGCCAAGGCACGUGCGACUAUGCGACGGGCAUCUGCAGCUGCAGCCCGUCUCGGGUCGGGCUCGACUGCGGCCAGCCGGCCUGCACGGCGAUCGAUGCGCUCUGUGUGUCGUGCACUGGCGCCACUUGCCUUCGCUGCAUCCAGAGCUACUUUGUGAGCACAUCAACCAACCGCUGCGUCCCUUGCACGGUCUACGAUCCGCGCUGCCGCGACUGCGACGCCCAGCGCUGCCUCGCGUGCGCCGACUUUCACCUCAACUCGGUCAAGCGCAGCGGACCGCGGGCCACAGACCCCUGGCCGAUGCCGCCCGAAGAGUCGCCUUACGCCUUUGACGAGACGGAACCGUAUACGCUGCAAUCAACGCCGCUGGGGGCGACGCAGGCGUGUACCCAAGGCGGCAACGGCGACGCGUCCUGGCAGUGCAUCGGCGCACCGUCGAGCCACGUCGUGUGCGGCCAUCGCGGCACGAUCACCUUUGCGUCACCGUCGUACGCCAUCAACGAGUCGGCAACGGUCGUUCCGAUCACCGUCGUUCGCACCGGUGGCGGCGCCGGUGCCGUCUCUUUCCUCUACGAACUGACGCAUGUGACGACGACGCCGUCCGACGUGUCACCGACGGCGUACUACACGACGUCGCAGCGCCUGACGUUCCCGCCCGGCGUCAUUCGCCUCACGUUUGCCGUCACCGUGCAUGCAAACCCCGUCGCGAAGAACCGGUCGUUCCGCCUCCAGUUGCGCGCCCCGUCCGAUGGUGCCACGAUCGGUGACCAGCGCACGACGACCGUCGAGAUCCUCGGCGGCGUCUACCCUGCCCCUCUCUAUGCCAACGUGUCGUUGACGGCGACGGCCGGUAGUACUGUGCCCAUCUCAGUGACCGGCGCGCCGGCCCCGCUUGUCGCCUUCGCGGUCUGGCGCAGCAAGAACGUGGUCGACACGGACAGAACUGCGCCGAUCGAGCUGGUGGCGACAAGUGCACCCGGCGUUCUGGCCGCGUCUGCGUGGACACCGACCGUUGCUGGGAACUACACGAUGCACUUUGAGCAACUGUACCGGGGUGGGCUACGGGGCCAGUACUUUGCCGACGCCACAGGCCGGGGACCGGUGCUCGCGGACCGGAAAGACGCUGUCGUGAAUUUCACGGCCACGGAUGCGUCGUGGGUGUUUGGCAGCGCCCGGUGGGCCGGCUAUGUCCGUGCCGUGACCUCCGAAGUGACGACGUUUCGCGUCGGACACACUGGGUGGCGCGCUCUCUUUGGCGCAUGGCCCAUCACCGCACUGCGACCGACGGUCGUCGUGCAACCGGCGUCCGCGGCCGACGCGUGGUACCGCGGUCCGACCACCGGCGUUGCGGGCGCUCUGCUGACGUGCCAGUUUUACGCCGUCGACGGCUAUGGCAACGUCCGCCGUCGGCUCUUUUUUGGCACCCGCGACGACUACCGAUUUGUCCUCGUCGGACCACGCACCGUCGACGGUACCGUCGUCAUGGACCCGGCGACAGGUAUUGGGACAGCGACCGUGACGCCCACGAUCGCUGGCACAUACGACGCCACGAUUCUGCUCGGGACAUCCGUGCUCCGAACCGUCUCGGUAACGAUUCGCCCGUCGCCGACAAGUGGACCACGGUCGACGGUCGCUGGUGCCGGCGUGGCACCGCUCGGCGUCGUGGCGGCGACACCAACGACGAUAGCGCUGCGGGGCGUCGACUUGUACGGUAAUGUGCAGUCGAUGGGCGGCGGAGUGUUCCAAGUCAGCGCGACCCACGUCGCGAGUGGCCGCGUCGAUCUCGGUGUCGUCGACGACGUCGGCGACGGCACGUACGUAGCCACUUACACGGCGCGCUUCAGUGGCGCUUACUCGAUCGCCAUCACCAUUGCGCAGUUGCACGUGGCGCAGAGCCCGUACAGUAUCGUGGUCGUUCCAAACACUGCGUAUGGCCCGUCGUGCAGCGUUAUCAGCGGCACUGGCACCGUCGCGUCGACGACCGGUGUCCCGGCGACGUUUACAGUCCAGCUCCGUGACAUCAAUAGCAACGCGAUUUCGUCCGGCGCCGCCGUCGUCGCCGUUGCGUCGACGUCGCUGCUCGUGUCGCCGAGUUGUGUCAACCUCCUCAAUGGCAAGUACCAGUGCAGCUACAUAUCCACGAAUGCAACGUCGGCCAUGCCACUGGUCGUGACAGUCAACGGCCUUCCGAUCCAGCAGAGUCCGUUUGCCGUUCUGGUCACGACCGGUGUCGUCACGGCCGGCGUCUCGGUCGCGCUAUCACCGCCGGGCAGCACUGGCCUCUUGUACGGUAUCGCUGGCGUUCCAACGUGGCUCCUCGUGCAAGCGCGGGACGUCUACGGCAACAACCGGACCAGUACGGACGUGAUCUUUGUUCGCUUUGCCAACGCAUCGACGUCCGCUGCCGUCGUUGGAACCUCGGUGGUGGCAAGCCUCGGGCGUGGGCUCUACAACGUCAGCUACGCGCUCACUAUCGCCGGUGCCUACGCCCUCCAUGUAGCCGUGGACACUUCGACCACCGAGAUUCAAGGCAGUCCGUUCCCAAUUCAGAUCCACCCCAACGUGGCCGACCUCCAGACAACGACUGCAACGGUCGUGACGCCGCAGCCGUUCAUCGCGGGUGCCCCCAUCGUAGCCGUGCUCGCCCCGCGCGACGCCUACGGCAACCCGACGCUACGGCAGUGGUACCGCUUCGGCUCUGUCGAGCUCGACUCUGCGUCAACGGUUGUGCGUCCGACGGUGCAGCCAGUCGACACUUCGACCACCCUCGUGUCGUGGACACCAACCGUUGCGGGCAUCUACGCCUUCCAUCCAUCGAUCUUCGUCCCCGGCGGUGGCAACGCCACGAUCUACGCCAACCCGGCGGGCCUCGGUGCAGGGCUUCUCCUUCUCCAGCAACCGCUUCGCUUCGACGUCGGCGCGAAUGCGGCGUCGCCGUCUGACAUCAUGUCGGCGUUCAGCGUGCGCUGGGAGGGCUACCUCGAUGCACCGACGUCCGAAUUGUACACGUUUACAGUACACGUGGUCGGUGCGGUUGCCGUCUAUCUCGAUGGCGCACUGCGUCUCAACCUCACGUCGACGACGACAGCGACGUUCACCCAUCCACUGACAGCCCACGAGCUCGUGUCGUGCGCGGUUUUUUUUGCCAAGACGAACGACACAACCGCGCGCUUUGAGGUGCAGUGGGCAAGCCUCUCGACGCCGAUGGCACCGAUCCCGCCGACGGCCUUGGUGGCGCGCUGGCGCAUCAACAGCAUCACGCCGAUACUACGCGUCUACCCCGAGGCCUCGUCGCCCCCGCACUUUGCCGUCGCCUCGCCACUGCCAUCCGAGUGGGUCGCCGGUGCCCCCGUCGCUCUUGUCGUUGUCGCCAACGACAAAUUUGGUAACGCUCGGCGGCAAGGUGGCGACGGCGUCGGCGUGCAAGUGGACGGAACGACGACCACCGUGGUCGUCAUCGACCACCACAACGGGUCCUAUACGCUCCUUUUGACGGCGUGGACGGCGACGCCGACGGCGACGAUGACGAUCGGUGUCAACGCAACGCCCGUCGACAGCGCACUGAGCCCUGGCGCGUACGCCCGGAGUCUCUGGAGCAUCGGCGGCGCACCCGUGGCGUUUGCGGUGGCCGCGGCACCCCCCGUGCUGGCGCAAAGCGUCUUUUCGGGCGACGGUCUUGUCGGCGGCGUCGCAGGCGACCCUCUCACCUUCACCUUGCAGCUCAAGGAUGCCUACGACAACGACGUAUUGCCUUCCAUCUCCGCGACGGUCACCUUGUCGCCUCUGUCCGUGGUCUGUGGAAUGACACCGGCGGCACCGGCCUACACAGUCUCCUGCCCCGUCGUCGUCGCCACCUCGUACACGAUCGAGGUCCAUAUCGACGGCGCUGCGGCGUACUCACCCCCCGCGUACGCUCCGGUGGUGCGACCGUCGGUCGCGGCGUCGGCGACGACGACGAUGUCAACGACGCUGCACCCGGCGCUGGAGACGCGGGCGUUCAACCUCCAGCUCUAUGACGCGUACACCAACGCCGUCCAUCUCGGCGGCGACGUCCUCCGCGUGAGCUUCCGCGGUGCUGCGACCGCCGUCGCCACGAUCGUCGACCACCUCAACGGGUCGUACACCGCCUACUACCAGCUGCCGCGGGCUGGCCUUUACGAGACGCGUGUCGACUUGAUCUCGAAAGCAAGUCGAGGCCUCUACGGACACUACUAUGGCCGCGUCGCGAGCUCAACUCCGGAUGUGACGCGGCUCGACGCGCAAUGGCACAAUGACGGGUACGCCAAAGUCACGUGGACCGGGUUCCUUCUCGGCGGCUUCUCCGAGCUCUACCAGUUGGGCGUCCUCGGCCUACCUCUGGACGCGUCCGUGCAACUUGUGCUCGACGACAACGUCGUCACGACGACGACGCCGAUUGCUCUGCGCGAGGGGUUUCCCCACGUCCUCACGCUGACUGUCGAGGGGCCUUCGACGCCAUGGGCGAUGACGCUUACGUGGGCGAGUGCGAGGACUCCUCGGAGCCCUGUACCCCUAACCCACCUCUUUGGCGAAGCGAUCGAGGCCGCCCCGCGGACGCGGCUCGUCGCGGUCUAA